AUGGCCGAUAAAUUUGUUGGAAAGUGGAAACUUUGUGAUUCUACCAACUUUGACGAAUAUUUAAAACAAGUUGGAGUUGGCUUAUUGACUCGUACUGCUGCUAAGGCUAUCAAACCGGAAUUGGAAUUUGUGGUUGAUGGAGACAAGUGGAAGAUGACGUCAACUUCAACUUUUACCACGUGGGUGUGUGAAUUUUUGUUGGGUGAAGAAAAGGAGCAGGCAACUGCUGAUGGGCGUAAAUUGAAGUGCACCUUCACUUUUGUUGACGGAAAACUUAUCGAAGAACAGAAGAAGAUUAAAGAUGAUGACAAGGAAAGCCAUUUUGAGCGUUAUAUUGAUGCUGAUGGAAAAUUGGUGAUUACUUGUAAGAGUGGAAAUGUUGAAGCUGUUCGAAAGUAUGAAAAAAUUUAA